AUGGCGGCAUCCCAAAUCUUUGUCUUCGGGCCGCAGGCUCUCAGCUUUAACGCAACAUCAUUCGAGAGUUUACACAGUAAACUUCACUCUGAUCCCUUGCACAGCUGGGCGUUAGAUGCGUUGUCAACACUUCCCGAAACCUUGGCUUCGGUUUCCAAAGAAGCCCCCAAACUGCAACAAACCAAUGGGUUGAAGGCCCUGGAGGCACUUCGCAAAGCGUUGCAAACUGGACAUGUCCAGCCGGAUCUUAUCCCGCUACCGAACAUUUUGCUCUCUCCACUGGUAGUCGUUUCGCAAUUGGUGGACUAUGUGGCAUUUCUCAAAGCCUCUGAGCCUAACUUAACCGAGACCUCAAAACUUCCAAUCCCCUCAAGUGCGGACGCGGAGACGCUGGGCCUUUGCACUGGUCUUUUGAGUGCCUUUGCAGUGGCAUCAGCUGGAAGUGUCGCAGACUUGCAGCAAUAUGGUGCUGCAAGUGUAAGGUUAGCUAUGCUUUCCGGUGCGCUUGUUGAUGCAGAGAACGCAUUGCGGGAACCUGGGAAACAAUCUACAUCUUUUUCAGUCUCUUGGGCUGCGGCAAGCUCUACUGAUGUGGACGCUGUCCUACAAAAGUAUGCCGAGGCAUACAUAUCCGUGCAGAUGGAUGAGAAGAGGGCGACAAUUACUUGCGCCCAGGACGUCGCAUCUGAAAUUCAGCAAGAACUGAAGGGUAGUGGCAUUCAUGUUACCGCCGUUUCUCUGAAUGGACGUUUCCAUUGGCCCUCUCAUCAAGCCGAUACAGAUAAACUCAUUCAAAUUGUGAAUAGCAAUUCCGCUCUUCAACUUGCUGAUGCCUCUGCUACGGUCUUGCCAACACGAGCUAACAGUGGUGGGCAUUAUAUCCAAUCAGGGAAGCUCCAUGAUAUUGCACUUCGGUCCAUAUUGACGGAUCAGUCGCAAUGGUAUCAGACGCUAGACAUUGUCUAUACUAGCCAGCUACAGUCUCCAGACUCUCAAGUGCUGUGUUUCGGCUCUGAGAGGUGUCUUCCUCCAACAAUCGCUCGCAAGCUUGAUGCGCGCCUCGUCCACGUGGCGGAUACCAACCUAUCUGGCGAUUCAGAUGACCGCAUUGCAGUAAUUGGCAUGUCCUGCCAAGUGCCAAACGCCGAGGAUCUCGAAUCAUUCUGGGACAUUCUUCUUAGCGGCGAGUCACAGCAUACUGAGGUUCCCCCGGAGCGUUUCAGCAUGAACUCUGUCUUCCGUGACGUCGACCCCAAGCGAAAGUGGUAUGGUAACUGGAUUCGUGACCACGAUGCCUUCGAUCACAAGUUCUUCAAGAAAAGCCCCCGAGAGAUGGGCUCAACAGAUCCUCAGCACCGUGUUGCACUGCAGCUCGCAUAUCAGGUCUUACACCAAUCGGGAUACUUCGGUGAGCCUGACUUUGAUAAGCACAUUGGUGUCUACAUUGGCCAUGCGAAUACCGAUUAUGAACACAAUAUCCGAAGCUACCCAGCAAAUGCAUAUUCUGCUACUGGUAACCUGAAGAGUUUUCUAGCAGGCAAGAUCAGCCAUUACUUUGGCUGGACAGGUCCUAGCUUGACUCUUGAUACUGCGUGCUCCUCGUCCACUGUCGCCAUCCAUCUCGCCUGUCGUGCCAUUUUGAGCGGCGAAAUUACCAGCGCGCUCGCUGGUGGUGUCAAUCUUAUGACCAGUCCUGAGUGGUAUCUCAAUCUGGCAGGCGCCUCUUUUCUAAGUCCAACGGGCCAGUGCAAGUCCUUUGACUCUCGAGGUGACGGAUACUGUCGUGGUGAAGGUGCUGGUUUGGUCUUCCUGAAGAAGCUGUCAGCCGCUAUAGCAGAUGGUGAUCAAAUUUUUGGCGUCAUCGCGGGCACAUCUGUGCUGCAGAACGAAAAUUCCACGCCAAUUACCGUGCCCAAUGCCCCGUCUCUGGAUCGUCUCUUCAGAGGCGUGGUUAAGCGGGCUAGGAUGAAGCCACAUGAUAUCACUGUCGUAGAGGCCCAUGGCACAGGCACUUCAGUUGGUGAUCCAGCUGAAUAUGACGGCAUUCGCCGAGUCCUAGGAGGGCCAACACGCCCUGAUAGAUUGGCCCUGACGGCUGUCAAAGGAUCGAUUGGUCACUUGGAGGUUGCUUCUGGCAUAGCAUCGCUGGUCAAGGUUCUGCUGAUGAUUCACAAGGCGGCCAUCCCACCACAGGCGAGUUUUCAAUCAAUCAACCCUGGACUCAAUGCCAAGCCGGAGGAUAACAUUGAUAUCACGACAACCGUGAAACCGUGGAAAGCUUCCUUCCGUGCCGCACUAAUCAACAACUAUGGUGCGUCGGGAUCGAACGCCUCCAUGGUUGUGACAGAGGCGCCUAAGCCAGCCAAGGCAGCGUCAGCGCAGCUGGUUGGCAAAAGCUUUCCAUUUUGGCUCACUGGAUUCGACGAUAACAGUAUAAAGGGCUACGCGGCGAAGCUAAGGAAGCUACUGAAGAAACAAGCAGCGUCAAACGAGGCCCCGACUUUGGCAAAUCUAUCUUUCCAGCUUGCAAAGCAGUCCAACCGCAAGCUACCACAAGCAUUGGUUUUCAGUGCUACUUCGAUGGAGGAUUUGGAGCAAAAGCUCUCUGAUAUCGAGGCUGGCACUGGAAGCCCUUCAGUAAAGAAGCCAGCCGCGAAACCUGUAAUCAUGUGCUUUGGCGGACAAAUCUCGACAUUUGUUGGUCUCGACAAGGAUGUGUACGAUAAUGUUGCCGUCUUGCGCAAGCAUCUUGAUGAAUGCAAUGCAAUUGCCCUUUCCCUUGGACUCGACAGCAUCUACCCCGAUAUCUUCCAGAGAACACCAAUGCAAGACAUUGUGAAGCUGCAGACUAUUCUCUUUGCGAUGCAGUAUUCGUGUGCCAUGGCAUGGAUUGACUGUGGAGUUGAGGUAUCAGCCAUUGUUGGGCAUAGCUUUGGCGAAAUCACUGGCUUGUGUGUUUCCGGCAUCUUGUCCCUAAAAGAUACAAUCAAUUUAGUAUCGAAGAGAGCAAAGAUUAUCCAAGAGUCAUGGACCACAGAGAAGGGCUCCAUGAUGGCUGUUGAAGGAGAUCUUACCACAGUCGAGGGUCUUCUCAAUGCGGCUCGUGCAAGCUCCAAACAGGACAUUUCGAUUGCUUGCUAUAACGGACCUAAAAGCUUUACAGUUGCCGGAUCUACCGCAGUGGUUCAAGCCGCUGCCCAGUUGGCCAAGGAGGAUGCCACAUAUGCAGGGUUGAGAGUAAAGGUGCUCAAUGUAACCAAUGCCUUCCACUCCAGCCUUGUCGACCCCCUCACGAAAGAGUUGGUCCUCUUGGGUCAGGCUUUGACGUUCCGUGACGCCAAAAUCCGCCUUGAGCGCGCUACAGAGACGGCCGAAGGUGGUCGUUCCACUGCAGAUUUUGUUUCUCACCACCUACGGAGCCCAGUCUAUUUCCAUCACGCCGCCACCAGAUUGUCCGAGGAGUUUAAAGACGCAAUAUGGUUGGAGGCAGGCUCCAAUUCCACGAUCGCAGUCAUGGCAAACAAGGCUGUUGGGGGUUCUGGUUCAUCACAUUUCCAAUCCAUUAACAUUACAACUGAUGCUUCAUACUCACUUCUCACAGAUGCUACAACCAAGUUGUGGCAACAGGGCUUGGAUGUGACGUUCUGGGGUCAUCACAAAUCACAAAUUUCUGACUAUUCACCUCUUUUACUUCCUCCGUACCAGUUCGAAAAAUCGCGACACUGGCUCGAUAUUAAGCAAGUACCAGUGGUGACCGAGAAAGCAGCACCUGUUGUGCCAGUUCAGCCUGCCAGUGGCCUCAUCAACUUCUUCAGCUUCCUAGAUGAUACCAAGCGAUCAGUGCGUUUCUUGAUAAACACGACCGUACCAGAGUUCAAGCAAAUGGUUGAAGCGCAUAUCAUGGCCAGCACUGUGGCAGUGAUGCCUGGCAUGUAUCCGGUCGAGAUUGCCAUCGAUGCCAUCUCCACUCUGCGGCCAGAGUUCCGGGACUACACUUAUCAGCCCGAGUUACAAGGGUUGGUUUACUACAGCCCGCUUGUCCCACAUCAUUGCAGUAAUGUCUGGCUCGACGUACAGGCGAUGGACGAGACUGGAUUGCAGUGGGAGUGGAAAUUCAUUGGCCAGGACGCAAAGGGAGUUUCUACACGGCAUAUGAAUGGUUCAAUCGUCUUCUCUCUGCCUCAAAGCACCGUCGUCCAGAGCGACUUCGCUCGGCUAUCUCGACUGGGGUCAUAUAAGCGCUGCCACCGCCUUCUGGACGGCAACGAAGCCGACGAUGUCGUCGUUGGUCGAAACAUCUAUCGCGCUUUUGAAGCAGUGAUCGACUACAAGGAUCUAUAUCGACAUGUCACCAAACUGGUUGGCAAAAACGGCGAUUCAGCUGGCCGUGUAGUCCGAACCAACGAUAAAGAAGGAUGGCUCGACUCGGUACUGACUGAUUGCUUUUGCCAGGUCGCCGGCAUCUCCGUCAAUCUCUUCUCAGACCCUGGUGACUUUGUUGAGAGAGGCAUAUUUAUCGGCGAUAGAGUUGAUCGGUGGAUCCGAGCACCCGGGCUGCGAACUGACCCUGCUAAGCCAAAGGAGUGGGAGGUUUUUGCCGUGAGCAGCCAGGAGUCCGAUAGCGCCUUCAUCAGUGAUGUUUUCGCUUUCGAUGCCAGAAAUGGGUCUCUGUUUGAAGCCAUUCUUGGCAUUCGAUACAGCAAGGUGCCUAUUGCUGGCAUCCGCAAGGCCCUUAACCGGGCAAUACCGCAAAUGCCUUCCUUUGCCGUGCAACAACCACCCACUGUCCCAACAGCCUCCACCAACGGAAUUAACGGCUUCAGCAGCUUCACAAAUGGUGUUGCCGUCAAUGGUGUGAACGGCGUCCAUGCUAAUGGCACCCAGACACCACCUAAUGGAGCUGCAAAGGCAUCAGGGUCGCACAUCAUCCCCAAAACAAAGGAAAUCGUGAGCAACCUGUCCGGAGUUGAGGUGGAAGAGAUUGAGGAUAAAUCCGACCUUGUGGAGAUGGGUAUUGAUUCUCUCAUGGCCAUGGAGUUGAUUCGUGAGAUCGAUGCUGCGUUCAAGGUUACACUUGAGACGGACCAGCUCAUGCAGUUGACCGAUUUCCGAAGCCUUGUAGUUUGCAUCGGCACCGCUCUGGGACUGGACGCAUACGGAACUGGAGACGGCGUUAAUGACACUUCUGGGGCUCACACUAAUGGAACCAGCGAUAAGUCCAAUGGGGCAGGCGUUUCCAAUGGCGUCAACGGUGUCAACGGUGUCAGUGGUGUAGCCCAUGGGGCCACUCUCCCAGCUUCAACCGUUCACGAUGUUUUCCGGGCUACCAAGUCCGCAACUGACGAGUUUAUCGUUAAGAACAAGAUGGAUAACUACUACACUCAUGUGCGGCCCAAGUCAACCAUGCUCUGUGCCGCAUACAUCGUGGAGGCGUUCGAGAAGCUAGGCUGUUCCAUCAAGAAUGCCCAACCUGGCCAAAAGCUCGCAGCGUUCUCAUAUCUACCAAAGCAUGAGAAGUUUAUGAAGGAACUAUACAAGAUUAUUGGCCCUGAUGAAACAGGUCUGGUAGAAAUCGUGGGUGGCGAACUCGUCAGAACUGCCGUCCCCUGUCCCGAGAAGUCGGCAGAAGCUCUUUUCCAGGAGGCACUGCGAGAUGUGCCUGAUCAUGCACCAGAAUUCAAGCUUUCCGCUCUGACAGGCUGCAAGCUGGCAGAAUGUUUGUCUGGCAAGGCGGAUGGCCUUCAGAUCAUUUUCGGAUCUGCGGAGGGCAGGAAGACUGUGUCGGAUGUAUACGCCGUUGCGCCUGUCAACUUUACUUGGAUCCAGCAGGCAUCUUUCUUCCUCGAGCAACUCCUCCGUCGCCUACCUGGUGAUGGAGGGCCAAUCAAGAUCCUUGAGAUGGGCGCUGGAACUGGUGGAACUACAGGCACUCUAGUUCCCAUGAUUGCUGCCCUGGGCGUCCCAGUUACCUACACCUUCACCGACCUCUCGUCUUCUCUUGUUGCUGCUGCCCGCAAGCGCUUCAAGCAGUACCCCUUCAUGGAGUUCAAGGUGGUCAACAUGGAACUGGCUCCAGAUCCCAGCCUGAUUAGCACACAGCACAUUGUCCUCGCCAAUGCAUGUGUGCAUGCGACGCGAUCGCUGCCCAUCUCGCUUCACAACAUCCGCCAGAUUCUGCGUUCCGACGGCAUGCUGAUGCUUCUUGAAGAAACAGAGCAGCUUCCUUGGGUAGACUUUGUUUUCGGUCUCCUCGAGGGCUGGUGGCUCUUCGAAGACGGCCGCACACAUGCCCAAGUAUCUGCCGAGCACUGGGAAAAGGUGCUUCGCGGCGCAGGAUUCGGCCAUGUUGACUACACGGACGGGAAGUGCCGCGAGGCGCAGGUACAGCGCAUUAUCUUUGGAUUUGCCUCCGAUAUCAGGUACGCCGGCUCUGCCGAUCCUCCUUAUCCUAUCACUUUGGGGCACGCAGAGCUGACGAGUAUCGUAGAUCGGCAGGCAGUCAUUGAUCACUUUAUCCAUAAAUACACCAUGAACUUCCACCCACCAAGUUCAGCACCGACGCAAUCAGCGAGUGGGUUUGCGUCUCAACGUUGUGUUCUUGUUACUGGCGCAACGGGAAGUUUGGGGUCGCACAUAGUAUCAGCAGCGGCGCGAAUGCCCGAUGUCAGUAGGGUCGUCUGCCUCAAUCGCCUAGGCACUGUGGAUGUGACGACACGGCAGCAAGAGGCCUUUAGCAUGCGCGGUAUUGAACUUGAGUCCGAUGCCAUGUCUAAGCUUAAGAUUCUAGAUGCAGACACCAGUAAGCCCAUGCUUGGAUUGUCAUCCGAUGUAUACAAAGACCUUGUACAAUCAGUUACGCACAUUGUCCACAACGCUUGGCCCAUGAGUCUCACCCGUACAACGAAGGCUUACGAACCCCAAUUUCAGGUCAUGCGCAAUCUGAUAGACCUUGCCAGGGACUGUGUAAACCUUCGACCAGAUUCCUUUCAGUUCAGCUUUCAGUUCAUCUCUUCUAUUGGGGCCGUUGGCUAUUAUCCGUUGUGGACUGGCCAGUUUCUAGCUCCAGAACUCCCAACGACGGCGGACACAGCUCUUCCAGUUGGCUAUGCUGAUGCGAAGAUUGUGUGUGAGCGAAUGCUGGAGGAAACUUUGCGUCUGUACCCGAACAAAUUCCGUGCCAUGGCUGUACGAAUUGCUCAAAUCACUGGGUCAAGAACAAAUGGAUACUGGAAUCCAGUGGAGCACUUUUCCUUCUUUGUCAAGUCGGCUCAGUUCCUUCGAAGUCUGCCUGACCUAAAAGGCACGUUGUCUUGGUCUCCAGUAAACGACGUCGCGGACUCGCUACUGGACAUACUGACAUCCAACAUGGAUCCUUACCCCAUCUAUCAUAUUGAGAAUCCUGCACGCCAGCCAUGGCCGGAGAUGAUUACUCUAUUAUCAAGCGAACUUGGAGUUCCAUCUGAUAGAAUUGUGCCGUACGAGCAGUGGCUGAAGGAAGUGAAGAGCUGCGAUGCUUCAACUACAGAAAAUCCUGCAAAGCAGCUCAUGUCAUUUUGGGAAACACAUUUCCUGCGCAUGUCUACUGGGCCCUUGAUACUCGACACCAAACAUAGCCGUGAACAUUCGAAGACGAUGCGUGAAAGUGGGCCGGUGGAAAGUGAGCUGGUGAAGCGAUAUAUUCAGAGGUGGAAACAGUCUGGUUUCCUUGAGUAG